AUGCCGUUCAUGUUCUGCGAUUUCAACAACGUCUCGCCGGCUCCUGCGUCCGUCGCUUCAGCACGAUGCCGUUUAUGUUCUGCGAUUUCAACAACGUCUCGCCGGCUCCUGCGUCCGUCGCUUCAGCACGAUGCCGUUUAUGUUCUGCGAUUUAAACACGUGGCAAUUACGCAGCGGAACGACAAGUCCUAUUGGCUGUCCACUAAUGACCCCAUUCCUAUGAUGCCCGUGGCCGACUCGGCGAUCAGGCCCUAUAUCUCGAGGUGCGUCGUGUGCGAGGCCCCAGCCAACGUGAUCGCGGUGCACAGCCAGGCCCUGAGCAUCCCUGAUUGCCCCAACGGCUGGUCGGGUCUGUGGAUCGGAUACUCCUUUGUCAUGCACACAGCCGCAGGCGCCGAAGGAGGGGGCCAAUCCCUGAGCAGCCCCGGCUCCUGCCUCGAGGACUUCCGCGCCACGCCUUUCAUCGAGUGCAACGGCGCCCGCGGGACCUGCCACUACUUCGCCAACAAGUUCAGCUUCUGGCUGGCGACCAUCGAGGACGCGACGCAGUUUUCGAGGCCGGUGUCCGAGACCCUGAAGGCGGGGAGCUUGAGAACCAGGGUGUCCCGGUGUCAAGUGUGCAUUAAGAACACUUAGGAGUGGGAUCGAGGGGUCAAGUGUGCAUUAGGAACACUUAGGAGUGGGAUCGAGGUGUCAAGUGUGCAUUAAGAACACUUAGGGUUGGAAUCGAGGUGUCAAAGAAUGUGUAUUUUUAGGAACAAUUAAGGUUGGAAUCGAGUUGUCAAAGAAUGUGUAUUUUUAGGAAAAAUUAAGGUUGGAAUCGAGUUGUCAAAGAAUGUGUAUUUUUAG